UCAGCAUCAAAAGCAUAACUUGGUCAAGCUUUGGUAAUAGUUUGCAUCAUAUGGUAUAUGUUAGCUACCCUUGAGCAAUGAGAGAAAGAAGGUGUUGCAGCUUGGCAGCAUCUGAAGCAUAGCUUUAUCAUAAAAAAUACUGCAACAUAUUUCAUCAAAGAUGUUGCAAUACAUUUUCUUCUUCAUGCCAUUGUUGGGAGGUGUUUCUUCUAGCUAUGAUGGACCCCUAUAUGACUCAGCUGCUAACACUAAGGUAAAUACUCUUCCCCUAUAUGACUAUGCGGGAGAUACCAUCAAAGAUGAAGCUUCUUGUUUACUCCAUUACAAUUAUUUGUUACAACAGGCUACAGACAGCAACUCGACAACAAAGACUAUACUUUACUAUUAUUGGUGUAGUUUCAACGGAUUUGUCGCAAAGCUAACAGAAAAUGAAGCUGAUAAAAUGGCAGGAGUUGUUGGAGUUAUUUCUGUUCUUCCUGAUGAAAAGAGACAACUCCUCACACGAGAGGUGGAAAGACAAAACUAUGAAAGUGAUGUUAUAGUUGGAGUGAUUGAUUCUGGAAUUUGGCCAGAAUCGAAAAGCUUCAAUGAUAAAGGGUUCAGUCCACCACCUGCCAAAUGGAAGGGUUCAUGCCAAGCUUUUGAUUUUACAUGCAAUAAUAAGAUAAUUGGAGCAAAGUUUUAUCCACCACUCCAUCAUAAUGCUUUAAGCUCAAAAGAUAUUGAAUCUCCUAGAGAUUCAAGUGGUCAUGGUACGCAUACAACAUCAACGGUGGAAUUCCGUUAGUAUGGCAAGCAUGUUAGGCCUUGCACAAGGAAACGCUAGAGAGAGAGUUCUGUCAGCACGCAUUGCGUAUAUAAAGUGUGCUGGUCUAAUGGAUGCAAUGAAGCAAGUAUUCUUGCCGCAUUUGACGAUGCAAUUAAAGAUGGAGUUGAUAUAUUAUCUGUAUCAAUUAGUGAAAGUGUUUCUAAAACGAAUAUACAUUUUAAAGAUGUAUCGUCGGUCGGAUCUUUUCACGCCAUGAAGCAUGGUGUGCUAACAGUAUUUUCAGCAGGAAACACAGGUUCAUAUCCUAAAUCCUUACAAAAUUAUCAACCUUGGGCAAUUGUUGUUGGUGCUUCUUUAGUAUGGAACGAUGGUAAUUUUAGAGGGAGAAGCCCAAUAAUUGUUUUUGAUGAAGCCCAAUAACUGUUUUUGUAUAUUAUUAUUAUUGUUGUCGCGGUUAUUAUUUUUAUUUUUGCUUUUCUUAUUUGCAUUAUGAACAGAUAUGAUAAAUGUGAAUAAUAUUAAUGGAAGAGUAGAAACGCAAGGUUUUCGGGUUA